UAUAUUGCUGUUAACAACAAAUUAAUUUCCUGUUUCGCUCGUUCUCUACCUUACUUUUUUACUUUUAGUAAAGGUUUACAUAUACUUUAUGGAAUGGCGGCUACAACUCUAGUUCUUUUGGUUACAUAUUCAUUGUUUUUACUUCAUGUUUCAACGCAGAGACUGGAAUUUCAGAAGUUCAGGAAUCAGACCAAUUUUAACUUCACUAACUGCAACAGGUCUGCUGUACCUUUCUACGUUACCUCCCUUGAAUUACAUCCCGAUCCAGUUCAACUUGGUGAGCUAAUCGUACUUGGGGCAGCGUUUGUUAUCGAAAAGGAUAUUGGAGAUAAUAGUAGAGUUGAGGUUGAACUAAAUCUGAGACUGAAGACAAGUAAAGGCUACACAGAAUUGUGCGAAAUCCUCGGCGCGGAUAAAUGUCAUUACAACGAUUUGUGUGAAAAACUAAAAACAUUGAUGAAGCGGAAUACAUGUCCAGAUUUCAUGAAGGAAAAGUAUCACAAUAACUGCUCUUGUCCAUUCUUAAAGGGGGAGUACAAUAUAGGGCGAGUGCCGUUAUUUUUACCCGGGUUGCCGUUUCAACUUCGAGGUGCAUUCGACAUCACAGUUAAUUUACAAGAAAAAGGGACACACAUAGGCUGCAUUAAUCUUCAGUUCUGUAUCACUAACUGCAAACCGCUGAGUGGAUAGUAAAGCAUUGCUUUACUGAAAAUUCCGGAAAACAGAGCCCUUUGAAUAAAUCAACCGUGAAGGUAUUUGGGAAACACUGCACAUGUCAUUACGUCAUGUCAACAGACUUAAUCAAAACGAAGCUGUUAUUAGUUUUUUCAUACAGACUUACUUUUUUGUGUUGUGACUUUUUAAUGUGAAAACAGAAGUUAAGCACCAUCAGAAAAGAUUUCUUAUGACAUGUUAUCAUAAGUAUUUAUAUGUCUUUUGUAUCUGCUGUUAAUAAGGCUGACAAUAUGCAAUAAAUUGUAACAAAUGAA